AUGUCUGCGACCGGAACGAAUGAUCCAGUGAACCAGAGUGGAUCGCCUUCCAAGUCGAAAAAGAGAAGGAACAAGAAGAAAGGUGGUGGAAGUGUGAAUAAGGCAGAGGAUGCAGUUGUCAAUGGCGAUCAGUCAAGGCAAGGAGCCGAGGAUGUCGAGGACGAUGUAGACGAGGAGGAAGAGCAAAAUACGAUACCUGCGCAGCCCACGGGCCGCGACACAGACGAUGUCGACGACGAAGAACCCCCACGAUCGCCUACAUUACAGAAAAAUGGUACGCAACGUCACAGCAUAUCCUCUGCAGUCGCACUGGGGCUAGCACGCUCACGCUCUGGUCAAGGUCUCGCACCAUCACCACCCCCUCCUUCCGACACGAGCGCGCGGCUGGACGCUAUAGCCAAGGAACGUGAUGCAUUACGGCUGGAAGUUACAGAGCUACGCAAGUGUCUGGAGAGUAUACAAAGUAAACAUCAGGGUGCAGCCUCCAAGAAUGUAGAAGAGAUAGAGUCAAAGCACGAGGAGGAGAUCAAGGCGUUGAGGGAGGAAUUGGACGAGGCGAAUGAGGGCAAGGAACACUUUGAAACACAAUACAAGAACCUGCUUGGAAGGGUGAAUACUAUCAAGACGAGUCUUGGCGAUCGUCUGAAGGCGGAUGCGGCCAGAAUUGAAGAAUUCCAACAGCAGCUUGCCGACCUGGAAGAGCAGAAUCGCGAACUGCAGGAAAACAACAAUACGCUAACGAAGGAGCUCGCAAAGCUGCGACAAGAGAAGGAGGCACAAGCAUCUGAAAUCGAGUCCUUACGGAGCAGAGCCACUCUGUCUCAGCAGAACUGGAUCAAAGAACGCGACGAGCUCAUAGCAAGGGAAGCAUAUGCAAGAGAGGAGUUUGACAAUGCAAGACAAGCCAUGCAAGACUGGGAGGUUCUUGCCAUGAACGAGCGAUCAUUGCGUGAAAAUCUCGCAGAGAAAGAUGCAGAGCUCAGAGAACAGCUCGAGACCUUGCGGGACGAAUAUGAGAGAGCUGCCAGAGACAGAGACACUAACAGCCAGGCUGUUGAGGGCCUGCAAAAGGCGCUACAGGAGGUACAGUCCCUCCGAAAAGCCGAGCUCAAGAAAUCGGUCGAGACGUACGAGUCUCAGAUCAACGAUCUCCGAAAGCAGGUCCAGACAGCAGAAGAAGCCUCAAAAGCCGCCGAAGCCGCCCUUGUAUCGACGCAAAAGGAGCUCGAACGCGCGCUGCCAUUUGAAAAAGAAGUCAAAGAGAAGAACCUGCUCAUUGGCAAGCUGCGCCAUGAAGCCGUCACGCUCAACGAACAUCUCACCAAGGCGUUGCGGAUUUUGAAAAAGGGUCGUCCGGAGGAUAAUGUGGAUCGGCAGAUUAUCACGAAUUACUUCUUGCAUUUCUUGUCGCUGGAUCGGAGUGAUCCCAAGAAAUUUGAGGCGUUGCAGUUGAUUAGUGCGUUGUUGGGGUGGACGGAUGAACAGCGCGAGCAAGCCGGUCUCGCCCGCCCAGGCACAUCCUCUAGCUCAGCAAGCCUCCGCAUCCCACUCACCCCCUUUCGCCGCACACCCUCAACCCCCUCCCUCCACUCAGCAGCCACAGACCCCAUGCUCAUGGCCAGCAGCUCCAGCAACAAGGAAAGUCUGGCAGAGCUGUGGCAGGACUUUUUGGAGAGGGAGGCUGCCGAGGGGAUACAGGGGACCCACGGAGGACUGGGAAGUAGGCGGGAGAGCAUGGCUAGUUCGGCGGCAGCGAGGCUGGAGAGAGAGGGGGCGAAGUAG